AUGCGAGUGCUAAGAAGCAAAAAUUGCUCUUGCUCGGUCACCAGUAGUAAUAAACAAAUCCCACUUUUUGCUACUUUCGACGAAGACAGCUAUAGGGGGAAUCCUCUUCUCCUCAACUGCACUUUACCACAGUCGAUGUGGAAACCUCCUGUAGUGCAGACGCCCACCAAUGACGAUAAUGAUGAAGACGGAGGCUACAUCGACAUGGAGAGCUUCUGCGCAAGCAGUGGAGUGUCUUUUGUGUUGGUACUACUGACAAUUGCGAGUGUUCUGUACAUCAAUCCAUACUGGUGGCAGAUGUGGGAACUUCGUGUCUAG